GGGGCGGAGCGGCGGCGGCGCCUGCGCGCGGCGGAGGCGGGGCCGGGGCGGCUGCGGCGGGUGGGCGCGGGGCCGCCCUGGGAAGUCCCGGCGCCGCGGCCGGAGCCGCCCGGGGAUCCCCGGCGCCGCCGGGCGGCUUCCGAGAGGCGGAGCGCAGCAAAGGAAAAGGUGUCCGUAGGAUGGAGUUAGAGCAUCUGAAGAAGCUGCGGCAGGCCAACCAGGACCUUUUAGAAAGGCUCAGAAUAAAGCAGGAAGAGAUCAGAAAAAGACUUGCCAGCAAGCCACUCUUUCCAGCAUCUCUUCAUAAAAAAAUAACUACUGAAAUAUCUGUCCCUGUGCCCAAGAGAGGGAAGGAAAAUCAAGUUGGUGCUGUGAAGGCUGCAGCUGAUCCUGCCAUGUUGGUUUCUGUGGAACCCAGAGCUCACACAGCCAGGGCAGCCCUCUGCUCAUCUCUCGGACGCGUGAUGCUCAUCAAGAAUGGCAGAGGGGAAAAGCAACAGCAAACAAAGAUGCAGAAAAAAGUAGGUUUGGAUUCCAGCUUCCCUGGGAAAGAGCAAAAUGUUUUGCCAGUGUCCACAGUCAUUACACGUGGCAGAGAAACAUCCAGAGUGGAUAGGGAUGACCAUGCCUCAAAAAGUCCAGAGAAAGAACCCUUCCUUCUGGGACAGGGAGAGAACAGAAAACAGUCCAUUCUCCUAUACAGUCUCCAAGAGACAGACCAGUUUACAGCUCAUCUGGACCCUUCACUAAGCAAAAUACAAAAUGAAGAGACCAGCAAGCCUGUACUCAUUAAAGAGCCCAUAACCCCUAAAUCAAUCCUGCUGACAUCUCAGUCCAAAGAGUUGAAGAAGGAAGCUGGCCAUGUGACUUUUCAAUCUGAGCCUGAAGAAUACACCGUCCCUGCAAAUAGCUGGUCUGCAUGUCCUUUCCUGGGUUAUGACUGGAUUGCAGGACUCCUAGAUACAAACUCUUCAGUAGCAGAAAAAUCUGAUCAAUACUUUGCUGAGCUGAAGGCAUUUCGACAGGCCAACAAAGAAGCCUGUGUCCAUGAGCACCACCUGGAGCCCAAGGCUCUGGAUUAUGUAUUUCCUGAGCAGGAACCAGAUUUGAUAACCAGUUCCCAUAAGUGUGUUUACUGUUAUCGAUUGAACCAGCGCCUCUUCACUGUCCCUGUGGAUUCAGAAUCUGCCUGCCCUGUGUGUAAGAUCCCACGAACCCACUGGCCCCCAGAGACUCGGGAAGAGCCAGCCUACAUCAGAGUCAGCAUUCCCAGGUCUGCUCUUAUGCCUGCCUACAAAUAUAAAGCCCAUCGCAGGAAAAGCUUUGAACCCGCCGACAAUCUAGCUUUACCCUCGCAUUGCCUGGUUGGCUGGAAAAAUGUCAUCCCUUCCAGUAACCCCACGCUCAGCAGUUUGGAUCUGCGGACUUCACUGAAAGGCAAGACUUCUCAUCAUCCUCACCCGAACUUGGUGUCCAGAGUGUCAGGAGGAACCAGAACUGACCAGCUCCUAGACCUGACCCACUUGCCACACCUCAGAUUUACCAGUGCUCCUCAGCAGAGGGAGCAAAACAAACACGGACUGCAGAGCACCUCCAAAUUUAAAUACUACUGUCUCAACUCUAUUAACCACUGACUUGAUUGCCCCAGAGAAAAGAUGGGGGCAAGGAGUGGAAAAGACUGAAUUCGAUAGAAAUAAAUCUUUGAACAGGAGAUUUUCCUAGUCAUACACAUCCACAAACACCCAAAUACGCAUACCUGAAUGUACAAACUUGCCUGUGUGUUUUUACCUUCUCUUUGUGCAUUUUGCAGCUACUUUAAGGAGAUGCAUGAGCUUUGCUACCUAGGGCUGGGUAAAGGGAUGUGGACAAGAUGACUAGUACUGUUACCACUAGGACAGCCACAGCAAAAGACAUGUACUGAGUUCAUCUGCCACCUCAGUGAAGUAAACCAGAAAUGUAAUGCUAAUUCUGAAAGCCCGGGUAAGGAACUGGCCUAUGUGCGGCCUGGCACAAUGUGUUAUGUACAACUGUGCUCAUUUCCAAACAUGUGAGUAAUCUGGAACACAAUUAUUUAGUUCUUUAAACUUGAGUUAUUCAGUAAUUUAGUUAAAACAACAAAAUCCUGUUUAUUUUCAGUCCAAUGUCUGUAGCUACAGGAGUACAUUACAUCUGAGUCGUCAUGGACCUGAAAAAAAAUGUUAAAAUAGAAUGAUAUUGUAUUAAUCAAAAAGUUAGAUAACGUAAUGCCUUAAAAUGUCUGCAAGUUAUGUUUGCCUCUGCUUUUCCAAGUUUUUGGAGACAAGCCCUUGGAAUUGUUAAAUCGUACCAAAACAAAGUGUAUUAUAUGGUGUAAUUUGUUCGAACUGUAUGGUAUGAUCUUACUUUCCUUGUCUAAAAACAAUAAAAUGAACUUCUUUCUUUUAAA